AUGGCUAUUGGCAUGACUGUCUCCAAACUGGCGGAUACACAUAAGACAUUUCACUUUGAUAACUCUCAUCGAAAUGAUCAUAUUACAUUAAAAGCGAUCGAUGACGGUCAUCAAAGUGACCAGAAGUCACCGAAAUCCCCGAGGAAGGCAGUCGCCAAAUUCACCGAAGGAGAAGACCGGUUAAUACGUACUUGUAGUAAAAUAGAGCGAUCAUUUCGUAAUUUCUACAAAGACUUUUGGACGCCGAAGCCUGUAAACAGACCUCCAUAUGAACAUUUCACUCAAGUGGGCGAUCCAAUUUUGCGUACUAAAGCCACACAAGUACCCGAUGGACUUAUCGGAAGUAAAGAAGUUACCUAUAUAGUGGAAAAAAUGGUCAAAGUAUUAAAGAAAUUUGAUUGCGUUGGGGUUGCAGCUCCUCAGGUCGGGAUAUCGCUCCGCAUAAUUGUCCUGGAGUUUCGCGAAGGUCUGAAAGAUAUCCUGCCAAGACCUGUUUAUGAAGCGAGAGAAAUGUCGCCACUUCCGUUAACGCCACUCUGCACUACGCUUUUUCAAGUUACACUUUCGAGGAACAUUCUGCUUUGUAAUUAUGUUUUAAUAAAUCCCACUAUGAACAUAACUAAUAAUGAAAAGCACAAACAUCCAGAGGGCUGUAUGAGUGUUCGUGGUUACUCGGCUGAAGUGGAGCGCUAUCGUUCUGUUUUAAUAAAUGGAAAAACCUUAGAUGGUGUGGAAAGGCAACUGCAACUAAGUGGGUGGAACGCAAGAAUUGCCCAACAUGAAAUGGAUCAUUUAGAUGGAAAAUUGUAUAUUGACAUAAUGGAUCGUUCGACUUUUACAUGUACAUGUUGGGAAACAGUAAACGCUAAAAGCGGGCGUGUAGAAAUACCAUUUUAUAAAUAGCUACUAAAAUUGUUUAAACGAAUGUGUAUAUUAAUAUGGAUGUAGAUUUGCAUUUUCGUGCUUUUAUUUGCUAUAAGUACGGUGACCAGAUUUCUGUGAACAAAAAUCGGGACAUUUCCAAACCAUCGAAUCCGAA